UGUUAAUAAUUUUAAAUGGUUAAUGUUAAUUCGUAAAAUAUUUAGAAAAUGUUUAAUUCCGUAAAGGCGAAGCGAUUAGAUAGUAAAACGAAGUGUUAAAUAUUAGAAUAGUUACGAUACUGGUGUCGCGCGGGACCUCACCGAGCAACAGUUGCGCAGUCGAGCAUGCGUGUCGCGAACGAGCGAGCGCAGAGAUCGGAUAUUCGUCGUUGGUCGAUGUAUAAAUUGACAGAUGCGAUACCGCGCUCGGUUCGUAUCGAUCGUGAUCCGAUCUUCCUCGUCUCUCGUUCGACGACAUAUCGAACAUUCUCUUUCGGCCAAUGCACGUGUUGCACGAGGACAACGGAACGAUAAAAUCACUUUGUCCAGAACAAGUAUCGUCAGUGUUGUCCAAACGAUUGAAACAGACAAGUGUGUUUUAAAUAAUAAUAUAUCAACAACGACGAAAAUAAUAGAUCGCUCGAUUGAUCGUGCGAUCUAUCGAAUGAAAGAAAAGGAGCGAGGAACUUGAUCUCUUAUUCUUUUUUUUUUUCUUUUUCUUUUUUUCCUCCUUUUCUUCUUACAUAUAAAUAUUAUUUUGGUGAACGAAAAUCUUAAUGAUGAAUUGUAUGAUCCUAUUAAGGACGAUUAUAUCUAAUAAAAUUAAAUCGAAGGAUAUCGUUUCUUUGAUUUUUAACAAUCUCAUAGUUACGAGUUACAAGGAUUAACGAUAAAGAUCGUUAUUGUGGAUAUCGUUUGCAAGUGUACGAGAGGACAUCGAAAUUAUCGAAGCGACAUUGCACGUGGUAUCGUUUAUUGUCGCGCCGAUAUAUAAUUUAGGUGACACGUGUGACGCUACCUUUAGUGCCACUAAAUCAUCUCGGUUUUAUUGAAGGAACUACUAUGAGAUUGGUGAACUUGCGAGGAUUGAUUCGUGAAUAUCCUUUACAAAAAAAGUUACAAGACGAGAGCGUCGUUCAAAAGUAUUAAAUAAGUAGAAAAAGAAGAGGAGGAGGAGGAGAAGGAGGAGGAAGGGAAGGGAAGGGAGGGAGAGUAGGAGGAGGAGGAGGAGCUAGAAACGAGUUGUCCUUCGAAAGAUAUGACGAACGCGAAUACGAUACCUAGCGUAAGGAUCGACAAAACAACAUCGUCGAAUCGUUCCUCAGUUUCCGAUCGUUCUGUCGUAUUACUUCCGUACUACGAAGAUCAAGGAAGUGGUAGCGGUCGUGAGAUGUUGACCACCAACGAACAGACCGAAGACUAUAGAAGGCUAUUCAUGAGACAAGACGAUAAACGAGUCAGCGAAUUUCAGGAAGUAGGCGAUUUACACGAAAUGAAUCUUACCCAGAAGAAAUUUGACAAAGUCAUCGGUAGAAUCGAUUUACGAUCUUUUCGUGAAAUUGAUUCGAGUUACGAGAAGAUAGCGGAUUUACAAGAGUUCGUUCAAGAGGAGAGAUCAACGGAUCCUGCGUUCGACGUUUUGUUAGAAAGACGGAAUUCGUUCAACGACGAAAAUUGCGAUCAGAAUUCUUUGGACGCUCCGGAUCUCGUAGAACGUAAUUCGAUCAAGAUUAAAUUCACUCGUAAUUGUCCAUAUUCGAAAAACCCUAGCAAUUGGACCGCGAGGAAUCAAUCGGCAAACAUGAGUAUCACGCGUAAGCAACAGAACGCGGAAAAAUCAUUCGGCGAAUACAAGGGGGAACAAACGAAUAAUGGAAUAUGGCGCAUAUUGGAGAAUGAUUGGCCGAAUAAAACUAAUGACGAUCAGGCGAACAUUUUUGAGGGGAAUAACUCGAUGAAUAAGACUACAACCCCCAUUCCAUCGAUCGUCGUGAACGAUCAUGGCGAGAAUUCGGUAUUGACGAUUCUCGGACAAGGUAAUUCGAUUAUUUCUCAAACCACGAGAACAUGGCCGGACUCUCCUUUAAGUUGCUACAACGUAGCAGUUUCUCGAUCAAACAGUAGAUGCUCGAGUCGCGCCCAAUCACCAGGCUCCGGAAUGCAAUUGGAAUCUCAGUUAAUGCCGUAUAAUGUUUCCGGUAGUCCCCUUGGCUCGCCACAGAUCGCCCCAACGUAUACGCUAAUGCAAGGCCAAUCAUCACCAUCGUCCUCGAGUCAAUCUUACGGUGAUACCCCUAGUCCAUUGAACUAUCAAACGCCGCUGAGUCAACAAAUAGAAGAGCGACUUCACGAAGAUCUCGCGUGUUUUUCCAUUUGGGGCACUUUUCCCGAUGAUCAAGGAAAUAUUACUGGGAACGAAACCAUCAAUACCUUCGAUAGCAAUGAAUUGCAAUUGUUAGACGAGGUCCUUAGAAACCAAGGGAACGAAUGCGAAGGAAACGAAGAAGCUCAAGUCGUACCAAGAUCUAACAAUAUCCCUAGCAGUUACGAAGAUAUAAGACCUUCUAGUGUAAAAAGUUUCGAAAAUAAUCUUCAACAAAUUUCUAACGAUAUCGUGCCUCUUUCAUCUCGUAAAAACGACAUCCAAACCUUCCCGUCCACUUCUUCCUCCAAUUAUGGAAAUCAACACCCUAGGAUCCCUGAUUAUUCCACUAGUCCAAACAAUUUCUCUUAUACGUACGUUGGCGCGCAAAAUCAAAGCAGCGAUCUUUACGGUCUAAGUCAAACCGAUUGUUCGAACUUUUACGAUUACAAUGACGUAUGGAAUGCCGGUAAUGAAAUGAGAUAUCAGAAUUCAAACGCGUUAGAACCAAGCACAAAUUUAACAUAUACCAAUGGUAAAAAUCCUACGAACGAAACAAAUACCUGUUCGUUGCCUACGUCUCUUCAAUCAUUUUCAACUCUCUCAUCGACUUCGAACGAUAUCGAUGAGAACAAAAGGCGAUGUUUCAGUACUUCGGAACUAUCUUACGAUGUCACGUUCAACGAUUUUCAAAUACCGAAGAUGGUAUCUUCGUUCAAGUCUAAUCGACCGCCGAGGUCGAACGAAAGGUAUAUUGUGCCAUGGCCGUCCUUAAAUUUACCAAGUGUUGGUGCAAGCGAGAGACUGAAGGAAGGGCUUAGCCCUAAAGAUGUGGAAAAAGCUAUGAUCCAUUUGUUGAAGAUACCAGAGGAAGAACUCGCUAAAGCAGACGAGGAUGGCGAUACAGAGCUGAUGCGUUUGGUGGGUAAUCCGGAUGAGUUGGCGAAAAAGAAAGUCUAUCUCGUACCAUUAGUAGAAAGGUUAAGCAAGGUGAAGGAUGCCUUAUCGACGAAAAACAAUCGUGGCGAGGACGCUCUCUACUUAGCUGCUAUGAGUUGUCCAGAAAUGCCCUAUAUAGCAGGUUAUCUCGCGGCAACGAUGCUUCAAAAAGGAAUCGACAUAAAUCAAAAACUCUAUCAUACACGAGGUGAUACCUUGAUACACUCGGUGUCAGCGAGAGGAGACUCACAUGGCGAAGUUUUGGCCGAAUUACUGGCCCUAAAGACUAGUCAAGGGAACGCAGUCUUUGAUCUCUCCAAAUGCAACUACGAUGGAAGAACCGCUUUACACACGGCGGUAGAGUCCCACGAUCCAACGGGAAGAGGUCCCAAGGCCGUAGCCACGGUUCGUUUGCUUCUAGACAAUGGAGCGGAUCUAAAUAUAAAGGACACCAAACGCGGUGACACAGUCUUGCACAUGGCUGCCGCGCUCAGUUGUGAUCCGGCUCUCGUCAAGGUGUUGUUAAGUAAAGCUAGUUCCAGCACGGUGAACGCGACAAAUUACGAAUACAACACUCCGUUGCAUAUGGCUGCCGCUGUUUCGAAUUCGGUCCCUCUGGAAAGGCAAAAGGAAGUGUGCUGGCUCUUGACUCAGGCCGGAGGGCAAAGUAACAUUCACAAUAAGCAAGGAAAGACACCGCUCGCUUUGGUAUCGGCCGGAAGGAAGGAUCUCAUCAGGCGGAUCUUUUAUAAGAAAUUUUGACUCGACACGAGGCACGGAGACUGACAUAACUUUGCUGUUUCCUACGAUGUGAAAAUAAUAGAAAAAGAAAGAAAAGGAAACGAAUUAAAUUUGAAAAGAAAAAAGAAAGACAAAAAGGAAAGACUGAAGCGACUGAAGUCGAGAUAUUUCUGAUACUCGAUGUAGAGGCGCUUUUUUCGUUUAAUUUUAUUUUAAUUCUCUUUUUUUUUUUUUUUUUUUUUUUUUUUUUUUUUUUUUUUCCUUUUUUUAAGUGGCCGAUUACCGUUUACGGGUAUACUACUUACUUACAUAUAUAUCGAGAAAAGAUCGUUGUUUCUUCUUUUUUGUUUCGUUGUCUGAUUUUUAUUUAAUACCUUCAUGUUUAAGUCAAUUGUAUUAUUUCCAACGGUUCUUAUUCGCACGAUAAUAUUAAUAAUAUUACUGCGAAGAAAACGUUUCGUUCAAUCUAUUUCUCGAUCUUGCCAAUUUCUUAGAUCUUCUUAGAGUUUACGAAAACAAACGAAGAGAAUUCGUUAGAUAUAAAUUGUACAAUAAUAUUUGUUAUUAUUUACGUUAGUACGUCUCUUUUGUACUUACUUUUAUGUAUUCAUAGGUAUCAUUGUGUCGUACUCGCCGAUAAAUCAUUAAUCUCGAUACAACGCUGUGAUAAUUAUUGUACCGAUUGUUCCAUCGUCGUUUUAAUAUUUCUAAUUUUUUCUUCUUAUACUUCUUCUUUUUUCCAUUUCACAUAAUAUAUAGUCAUGAAUAAGUGCUUGGAAAAAGCUCUAACAAUCUUCGUGUCGUUCAUUACAGUAUUUUCACUGUAAGAAUCGUUAACAAUCUCAGUGUCGAUUAAUCGUGCCAAAUAAUUAAUAAGUGAUUAUUAAAAAAAAAAAAAAAAAAAAAAAAGAAAAAAAAAGAAAAGAAAAACAAAAAAGAAAAGAAGACAUCUUAAUAUA